AUGCCACAACCAUCAGGGAGCAAAGAGAAUAUGAUUAUAGAGGACAGUGCCUCUAAUACGAGUACCAUCUCCAUCAAAAACCGACAAAAUUCUGAAAAGGAACGCCAUCCAGACAGUAAUGAUGGUGAGUGGAAUGAGAGAUCCUGUCUUAAGUCAAAAUCACUUUACUCAGGAUGUCUAGAUCAAGCGCCGAGGGCAAAUCCCACUGUCUAUGAAUACGGAGAUGCAAAGCGACCACCACGGCCAGAUAGUAUCCGAUUUACUUGUGAUAAAGGAGGGCAAUAG